GCGUCCUGUCGGCACGCGCAGAAAGCACGGAGCAGCUGCAGCGGCGAGAAGGAGCGCGGCGCUUUUCCAAACCGCAUCAUAUUCACUCUUUCCACUCAAGUAACGUCUUCAAACCGAGACAUUCGUUUAAAGAGAAAAUGGUGGACCGCGAGCAGCUGGUUCAGAAAGCCAGGUUGGCUGAACAGGCUGAGAGAUAUGACGAUAUGGCAGCUGCCAUGAAAUCGGUGACCGAGCUAAACGAAGCCCUGUCCAAUGAAGAGCGCAACCUGCUCUCGGUGGCCUACAAGAACGUAGUGGGUGCACGGCGCUCGUCAUGGCGUGUCGUCUCCAGCAUUGAGCAGAAGACUUCAGCCGAUGGCAACGAGAAGAAGAUUGAGAUGGUGCGUGCCUAUCGUGAGAAGAUCGAGAAGGAGCUAGAAGCUGUUUGCCAGGAUGUGCUGAACCUGCUGGACAACUUUUUGAUCAAGAACUGCAGCGAGGCACAGCACGAGAGUAAGGUCUUCUACCUGAAGAUGAAGGGCGACUACUACCGCUACCUGGCUGAAGUAGCUACCGGGGAGAAGCGUGCCGCCGUAGUCGAGUCGUCCGAGAAGGCAUACAGCGAGGCACAUGAGAUCAGCAAGGAGCACAUGCAACCCACGCACCCCAUCCGUCUCGGCUUGGCGCUCAACUACUCCGUGUUCUACUACGAGAUCCAGAACGCACCCGAGCAGGCAUGCCAUCUGGCCAAAACGGCUUUCGACGACGCCAUCGCCGAGUUGGACACGCUCAACGAGGACUCCUACAAAGACUCAACCCUCAUCAUGCAGCUGCUGCGAGACAACUUGACACUCUGGACAAGCGACCAGCAGGACGACGAAGGCGGCGAGGGCAACAAUUAAAAACAGCAAGGAAGACGGAGAGGCAGAAGAGGUGAAGACCCUCAAGAAUUACCCGUUUCCUAGCUGUAACACACAAGAAAACACGCCUGCUCACAAAAUAAACGAAAAUAUAAAAAGAAAAAUUUAAGCGUAAGUGAAAACAUUUUACGAAAAAGGGGGCCUGGUGGAACGCUGGCAGUCAUGUUCACAUUACGGUACAAGCGCAAAUGUUUUCUUUGAUUUUCGGAAAAUUAAAAGGAUAAAUAUAAUAGUGAGGAAAAAAAUCUGAAAAGAAACCUUAAGAUUAAGAAGAGAGAUGAAAGUUAAAAUCAACACAAAGUUUAAAAACACUUCUUCGUCUUCGGUUUACCUCCGCAACAUUCGCCAAAACAGUACUUUGAGGAAUAACGUCAGAAAGUCAGUAAGUUCAAGAUGACUAGGGUUGAGACACACCAACAACACUGGCGUAGGGACUGUUCUUGUAGUGAAACAUGUUGUCAAGCUGCUUAUUUGUUAAGUGUGUAGUAAGGGUUUAGGAACUGUCAGGGGAAGACAUGUUAAAGCUUGAGCAAGAAAAAAAAUAGACAAAAAAACAAUACAUGAAGUAAAAAAAAAAACUUGAAUGUCAUAGCCUUGCAAAAGUAAGAGUUUGCAAACAGGCUCCUGAGGGUGUGAAAGGAUGUUUUUCUUUUUUUUUUUUGUUUCACAUAUUGGUGGAUACUGAUGUGCGCUAAACAGUCAGUCAGCCUUUACUUUACAGCCGACAUGGCGAUUCAGAAACGCUCCGUAUAUUCCAAUUCAAGCAUCACUGUGGUUACAGGCUGCAGCUUUGUGAUCAAGGAACAGUAGUUUAGGGAUAAAGUAACCAAGUCUGGUUGUCUAACCAUUAAAUACAACACUGUUUCCAUUGAUAGCUAAAACAAAUCGUCGUCCUUUCAGUAAAAAACUCUUCUUAUUAUCAUUAUUAUUAUUAUUGAUAUAGUCUGGAUAUUAUAGGUGUCAAGGGUGACCUGCACUAUAAACAAAAAACAGCUUUUAUUCAAUAUCAUUACAAUGUAGUACCAAAAACCACACUAUAUUAUAUAUAUUUAAAUAUAAUCUAACUUGUAAUGAUGCUACCCUAAAAUACAAACUGUCCUAGAAAAAUAAUCUAGAAAAAAAAUCCCUGCGCUUUAAUUCUGAAAACGCGAAUACUUUAAAGCAAUCCUUAAUCACUUGGAUCCCUGUCACGAUACACUGAAUGGAAUCAACUGGAACCAUUUGCUGUUUUUCCUUUGUCUAUGGACUGAAAGUACAGUUAGAGACAGAGCACUGGCAAUGUCAAAAACAGGAGAUGAUCUUAAAGCAGCUUUGAGGUUUGUGGUAUUCUUUUAUUCCUUUUUUUUAUUUUUUUUUAUUUACUUUUUUAAUUUAAAAAAAAUGCACUUGCCUAUUAUACUGUUUCUCAGUGUAAGAUGAUUACUGCUCCAAUAUUCUUGAUAAUACAAUAUUGUGCAUGCUGGUGAUGUAUUUAUAUACAGUAGCUUGACUUUAUUAACUUAAAAAAAAAACUGUAGAUGUUAUGUAUUCAUAGGAACAAGAAACGACUAGACUUCAAUUUGAUGAUCAUUUUCUAUUUAUUAAUUUAUAUUGGAUUGUUUAAAUCGAUUAUGAUUUUUUUUCCAUUGAUUUAUUUUUUUUUCUUUUCUUGCUGAAGUAAUGCGACACCAUUUAUGGGUGAACCAUAAACUUAUGCUAUAGUGACAUGCAAUUCUUGUUUUGGGGUUUUAUUAUACAAAGACUUGGAAAGACAAAAAAAGACAAAAAAAAAAAAAAAAAAAAAAGGACAGAAACACCACUGUUAGCUUAACACACUCUGUCCGGUGUUUUGUUUUGUGGCUAAAAUCAAAGAUCACAUUGUAAAACUGUUCCUACGAUGGCUUUUCCUUUUGUGCUUUUCUCUGUCACAUUAUACAGUAAGAUGUUUAAAAAAAACAAACAAAAAAAAACAGUGUUUAUCAGUUCUUCAGAAAACUGCAUUUCUGUAAGAAGUUCACUCACGGACCAUGAUUUCCUCUUUCUGUCUAUUUUUUACUUUUAUCUGUCUCUCCUGAUAUCGUAAAUGUGAGUCAUGUAGCGGAUGCACACGAGAAAAAUAACAAUAAUAAUAAUGAUGAUAAUAAAAAUGAAUUAAAACAUCA